AUAACUCGAAUUACCGUGGAAACAAAUAAAAUGGGAGUGUGUUUAUCUUGAAUGAAACUUGAUUGGAAAUGUUGGAGAAUAUGUGUUAGUGUAACCGUAGUCAGUGCAUAUUAUAUAUAUACACAUGUAGAUACAUGUACAUAUAUAUGCUUGCUGAGAAAGGUCUUUGGAUAUCCUGAAGGUUGAAGUGAUGCUAUCUUGAGUCACUUUGCUCAGGGCGGAAAGUCGGUUCCGGCGGCUUACUUACUGUGCUAGAGUCAAAGGCUGUACUGCACCAGUGAAAUAAUGAUGUGCUGUCUUCUGUGUUAGAAGUGGAGAUAAAGAGAUGGCAAAAUCUCGGCGGGUUGUGGACGUUGUUUUGUCCGGAUAUUUCGUCUGGCAAGUAGUUUCAACCAUCUUGUUCGACACCCAGUGUUUGUUACCAGCAUGGAUUUACCCAAAGCCCCUUCAAAACCUAUACCACUGGUAUCUGAAUGGUCAUCGGGACCCGUUUCUAGGGGCUACACCUUCUUUUCCCUGGUACAUGAGCACCUGUGUCGUGGAGUUCACGUUACAAAUACCUUUCUUUGUAGUAGCAGCAUAUGCAUAUUAUAAAGGUGCAGCUAACUGUCGGUGGAUUCGAAUUCCCGCCAUCAUAUCCUCCACUCACAUGCUGACGUCGAUCAUUUCCGUUCUUAUUAUGGCAAUGUUUGAAGACUUUAGCUCGUUCACCGUGCCUGCACCCAGAACUACCAGUGAACGACUCAAGCUGGCGUCAGUUUACUUUGCAUAUUUAAUAAUGACAUUAAUUAGUCUAUUUGAAGCGGUCUUUAGCAGUGUGUACAAAGAGGUAAAAACAAAAACUGGUUAAAGCUCAAAUAGACUAGAUGCGGCGCGUGCGUGCGGCCCGGAAAAAACCCCCAAUCGAAAUAAAAUAUUUUAAUGAGAGUGUCUAGAUUGGAUGCGUGUGAUGUUUGCGUCUGCAAAAUGUAUGAGGCCAGCCGCAGUGAAAUAAAUGUAUAUAGUUUAUAUACCCUAAACACAAGCCGCAAACGCAUCAGACGCAACAGUACUCGCGGCUUCCGGUUUUAAAUGGACAGACCCUAGUUUUUAAACUCCAAGGCAUGCUUUUCACUAUUAGAGCCAUUUAUGAUCACUGAAAUCAAACAUUACUUAUAUUUUAUUCUUUACAUUAUCCAUUUCCGUACAACCGAAGUGU